AUGGCCACCCUCCCAGUGGUCCUGCUCCUCUGCGCUUUCCACGUGUUCACAGCUGGGGCCCAGACCGAGAGCACAGAGGCGCCUGAGUCCUUACCUUCAGACUGCAGGGAGGAGAUGUAUCCCUGCACCAGGAUGUACUCUGUUCAUCGGCCGGCCAAGAAAUGCAUCGGAGGUUUCUGUCUCUACAGCGGAACUGUGCCGAGAGCGCUCCGGGUGGCCGAGACGCAUCCAGCGCUCAGCUAA